UGGCUGAAUGGUCUUCGGUGGCGCGCUUUACAACCGAAGUUUUGGCGUCAAUCAUCAACCGAUCAUUCUUUCUUUAAAUCAAAGACAUUUACUGAAAAAGAAAAAGACAGACAUGCUAGGGAAAGGUCCGUGCAUUGUUUCUGGGAUAAACGGUGAAGAACUGUCAGUGACAGUGACACCAGAUUGGCUGAAAGGAGAGAAAACAUAUAAAACUGUGGCAGUUGAAGGAAAUAUAGGAUGUGGGAAAACUACUUUUUUACAAUACUUCAGAUCAAGGCCUCGUGUUCAUAUUCUUCCAGAGCCUGUAGAAAAGUGGAAAAGUUUAAAUGGAUUCAACUGUUUUGAUAUGAUGUAUAAAGACACAAAUCGUUGGUGUUCAGCUUUUCAGUCUUACGUCGCAUUCACCAUGCUUCAACUUCAUGAAGAAGAAGAGAAACAUGGGCGCAUCAAAAUGAUUGAAAGAUCUGUUUACAGUGCCCGAAAGUGCUUUGUAGAGAAUCUUUACCAAAAGGGUCUCAUGUCAGACUUAGAUUACACCAUUCUUCAAAAAUGGCAUGAAUGGUUGAGCAAAAAUGCAAAUAUAGGUGUAGAUCUCAUUGUUUACCUAAAGGCUUCCCCAGAGACCUGCUACAACAGGAUUAAGAAGAGGAAUCGCUCUGAGGAGUGUGACAUAUCUUUGGAUUAUUUGAAGGAUUUGCACAGACUACAUGAAAACUGGUUAAUACACAAAAAAUGCGGGCCUCUUCCCGCUCCUGUUCUGACCAUUGAUGUUGACUGUCCACUAAGUGAUGUUACCAGAAAAAUUGAACAACAUGCCCCUGCUAUUCUUUUUGAGAACUAAAAAGCUGUUGUCAGGUGUUUGUUUUUUAAAAUAAUUUUCUUCAUAGGAUGCACAUGUACUUCUUGUUCCUAAUCACCCUCAGUGGAGCAUAGGGCGAUGCACAUGUAUGCUGCUUCCUUAUUGGAGAGUAUCCCACAUUUUAGAUUGACAAGCCAAGACUUCCACAGAGCUUGUGGGAAGUUUAGGUUAUUUUGGUCAUUAGUGUCCAGCACUUCUUUUAGAGGCCACUGUGAUGGAGGGAAAGUCUGAAGAACACUUGCUUAGUUUCAGAUGCACUGCAGGUCUGGCUCUGAAAUUUGUUAAGUCUGUUAGGCCUUACAAAAAUUCCCAUUUAGGCCUGGGUACAGAUGGUAGCCUUCAGCUCUGUGGUAAAUGGGAUGGUCUACUGACCAGAAUGUUUGAGGGAGGUGUGCAUGCAUGUGGUGGAACUGAAAUUCAAGCAUAUAGGUUCUGCAUUAGUAGAUAAGUGCCUAAAUUGUUAUCUUUGUAAAGAUGGUUGAAGGAUGGAUGAGGUAUUGUUGAAGCAUUCUUGAAGACCUGUGCUUCAUAUCUGUAGUUGGUAGUGCAUUUGAUGGUGUUGAAAAUCUUCAUUUUGGUUACCAGAUGUAGAUUCCACAUCACUCGUUGCUCAUCAUACCUAUUUUUCCACCUCACUCACUGACAGUCAUAAAUGUAGAUCAUUUUUUACUCCUUCAGUUUAUCUCUUUAUCCUGAUUCAGAAGUCUUAAGUAGGUGAGGCCACAGGCGCAUCACUUCACCGCGUGCACGCUUAUAAGAAAGUUUGUUUUAAUCAAGUGUUAAGGUUCAAUUUUGUUUUAGAC